UUGCACUUCGUCCACUCCUACCCAGUUGACUUCUUACCUACCACUACCAGCGCGCCUCUGCUGCUGCCUCGCGCGCAUGUCCGCGCGUCUACUUCAAUCUCUCCUCUAACCAGUGAGCUGAGCUCGAUCUAUCUGUCUCAUCAAGGAUCCCCUAGACCACAGCGCAGCAGUUCUUCGGAUCUUCGGCCGUGCCUUGCCUGCGCCUCCCUUGUCAGUAGCAAAAAUUACAGGACACGACGGCACAUAAAUAUGGAUUCAGAGGAUGAGAUACCAUUUCAAAUCUUGCGAGAAAUCACGGAUGGUUUCUCCAAGGAGAGGAAACUUGGUCAAGGAGCAUUUGGAGUUGUUUACAAGGGAGUGACUAAAAACGGAGAUGAUGUUGCUGUGAAGAGGCUUCUGAUCAAUUCCAGUCUAGACUUUAAGCAUCAGUUAAAAAAUGAGCUCUAUAACCUCAGGAAACUUAAUCAUCCGAACAUUGUACACGUUCUGGGCUAUUGUUUUGAAACAGAGCAAAAACCAUUUAUCAUGGAAGAUGGAAGUAAGGUGUUUGUUGAUGAGACACAAGGAGCGCUAUGCUUGGAAUAUAUGCACAAUGGCAGCCUUCAACGACUUCUUUCUGAUGAGUUUUCUGGACUUGAAUGGCACACACGGUUCAAAAUAAUCAAGGGGACUUGUGAGGGUCUAAAGUAUAUUCAUGACCUGGAAGAACCUAUUUACCACUUAGACCUAAAACCUGACAACAUAUUGCUAGAUAAGGACAUGGCCAAAGAUUGCAGAUUUUGGUUUGUCCAGGAUCAUUCAUAAUAAAGAACCAACGCGAAUCGCACAAAAUCCGUAUGGAACACAAGGGUAUCAGCCACGAGAAUACAUCGACAGUGGUGAAAUAUCAGGAAAAUUUGACAUAUUUAGCUUGGGUGUCAUAAUGAUAAGGGUUGUGUCAGGACCCAAGGGCUACCCCAAAUGUCUAGAUAUGUCUUUGGACGAGUUUGUUGAUCAAGUCCAAAGGAACUGGAGGAACAGGUUGCAGGCGACAUACAGUAGUGGUUCCUUGGUUGAAGCAUAUUGCCACCAAGUAAAGACAUGCAUUCAAUUAGCAUGGUUAUGUGUGGAGGAAGACAGCAAAAAAAGGCCCAACAUAGGGAAGAUCACUGAGAAGCUGAAUGAGAUUGAAACUGCCAUUGGCGAGUUUGUUCACAAACCAACUGAAAUAUUGCAGCUUCCCCAGAAAGGAUGUAUAAAAAAUGUUUCUGCAAUGACAAUGCAUUAUAACAAGAAUAUAGAUAUGAGAAACAAAUCAAAGGAUGUCAAAGGUCAACACCAGAAUAUUAAUUUGAUAGGCCCUAGUUGCAGUGAGCCGGAAUUUGUUGAUGCACGACAAACAUCGUCAGAUGUAGUAGAAGAACUCAUUGUUGGGAGGGCCGAGGAGAAAAGGAAAAUAAUUGGUUCUUUACUUGCGGGUAUGUCAGAAAAGAUCAUCAUCCUUCCUAUAUAUGGUAUUGGAGGCAUUGGCAAGACAACUUUGGCAAGGUUGAUUUACAAUGAUCCAAAUUUCAAAUGUUAUACUCGUGUAUGGGUUGAUGUGUCCCAGAGAUUUGACUUGAAUAAAAUUUGUGAGUCUACAAUUUCACAAAUAUCUGGAAAAGAAAGCCGGGCUAAUGAAAGAAAGAUAGUACAUAGUUGCCUCAAGAAACUACUUUCUGGUAAGAAGAUUCUGAUUGUUUUAGAUGACCUGUGGGAGGAUGAUCAAUUCCAGCUGCAGGAGUUGAAGGAUAUGCUAUAUCAUGCUGAUAGCAACAUAAUUAUUUUAGUAACAACACGCAGUGAACGUGUUGCCGGAAGAAUCUGUACUAACCUUCAACCAUACAAGAUAUUACCCUUGACAAAUGACAUGUGCUGGGAUAUAAUAAAACAAAGAAGUGCUUUUGAAGCUAGAGACGACAAAAAACAGUUGACGAAUAUUGGAAGGGAGAUCGCCCAGAAGUGUGGUGGUGUGGCUUUAGCAGCUCAAUCUCUAGGCUUUACUUUGAGGUCCAUGAAUUUUAAUCAAUGGAUGAACGUGAAAGACAAUGAUAUCUGGAAUGAACCUGUUUCAACCGAUGCAUCUUUGCCAAAUCAUGUUCUUGCAUCGUUGAAGUUAAGUUAUAGUCAAAUGGAUUUAAGCUUGAAGAAAUGCUUUAGCUACUGUGCAAUCUUUCCAAAAGGCCACAAGAUAGUUAAAUAUGAUGUAAUUUAUCAAUGGAUUUCUUUGGAUUUCAUCAAGCCAACCAAAAUACUCUCCAAUUUGCAGCUUUGCGAGAAGUAUAUUGUGCAGCUCCUGGGACUAUCUUUCUUCCAACAUUCAGCGUCACCCACGGGUGAUAGAGAGGACGACGUGGCUGCUACAGUGUUCACUAUGCACGAUCUGGUUCAUGACUUAGCAAGAUCGAUCAUGCUUUACGAAAUUCUAGAUGCUAGCAAACAAUGCAAUACUGGGGGAAGCAGAUUCCAAUUUGCGUUACUCAAUGAUUGUACCAAACCAUUGAAGUCAUUCACGCAAUAUCCUACCGCGGUAAGAGCACUGCGUUUUCAUGGUUCAGACCAAAAUGUGCUCCAUGGGGCGUCAUUUUUGUCGGCUAAGUACCUUUGCGUCUUGGAUUUAAAUGAGUGCUCUGUACAGAAGUUGCCAAAAUCUAUUGGUAAUUUAAAGCAUUUGAGAUAUAUUAAUGCUCCGAGGGUCAAACAUCGGGCCAUUCCCAAUUGUAUCACAAAGCUGAAAAACUUAAUUUACCUCAGCCUUCGUGGAUCUUAUCAGAUCUUGGCACUACCAGAAUCAAUUGGAGAAUUGAAGGGUUUGAUGUAUCUUGAUUUGUCAGGUUGUUCCAGAUUAGAAAAACUGCCGGUGUCAUUUGGCAUGCUAACAAAGUUGGUGCAUCUAGAUAUGUCAGGUUGUUCUGAUGUUACAGGUGUAUCAGAGUCCUUGGAGAGCCUCACCAACCUUGAAUAUCUGAAUUUAUCGCACUGCACGACCUGGAGUACCACAAAGAGACAAUUACCAGAAGCUUUGAGGAGACUCACCAAUCUGAAGUAUUUAAACUUAUCAGGUUCUACAUUCUCCAUCAGAGAUCAUGGUAUAAUACAAGCCUUGUGCAGCCUUACCAAACUCCAAUGUUUGAAUUUGUCAAAAUGUUCACUCUUCGUUAUAGGCUCGCAUCUCACAUGGAUAUCAGACGCCAUGAGAAAUCUCACCGAGCUCCGUUAUUUGGAUUUAUCAAGUUGCUCAAUCUUCUCAGGAGCUGAUGAAGCACUUCCCAUUUUUCUUGAGUGUAUAAGUAACCUUCCAAACCUAGAGCAUCUGGAUUUGUCCAAUAAUAUAGGGCUUACGAGAGUUCCUGACUGUAUUUGUAGCCUAAGAAAGUUACAUAGACUGGAUCUCUCGUACUGCUACAAUCUGUGGAGUCUACCGGCAACUCUGCAUGAAAUGGAUAGUCUGAAGUUUUUGCAUCUGGAGGAUUUAGAACUGUUGAAGGUGCCAGCACUCAACAAAAAUUUAAUUACAUUACCACACUUUCUGGUCCAAGCUGAUUAUCACAACUCCAGCAGCAACCUUGCUCUCCUUCAAGAUGUAAAUCGUACUGACCUGGUGAUAAGCGGACUUGAAAACGUGAAGUCCGUGCAAGAGGCGCGGAGUGUAAGACUAAUGGAAAAAGGAAGAAUUAAGGAAAUGAAACUCAACUGGACUAUAGAUUCUGAGAGGUUUGUUGAGGACAUGGAAGUGUUGGCAGAGCUAAUCCCCCCAAUAACUUUAGAGAAGUUAUUUAUAGAUGGUUACAGUAGUGUAAGAUUUCCUGAGUGGUUUAUUGGUAUUGCCGAUCAUCUCCCUAAUCUUUGUCAGAUCUCCUUAUCCAAUCUGCCCAAGUGCAACGCACUGCCACCACUUGGCCAAUUACCUAAUCUGGAAGAGUUGAAAUUUAGUCGAAUGAGUGGCAUUUCAAAAAUUGAUGGGGACUUGUACGGCACCAGAAGGCCAUCAUUUCCUCGACUGAAGGAUUUUUCCCUAAGUAGAAUGGAAAGCCUUGAGGUGUGGUGCACAACGUACUCCCAUGGCGGGGAUGGUGUGAGCAAGUUCAUGUUCCCCAACCUUCGCAAAUUGACAAUAAUUGAUUGCCCCAACUUGAGGCAGAAACCAUGUCCACAUAGAGCUGAGGAGCGAUGGGACAUAUGGGGAGCAUGUGAUGGUGUAAUAUCUUCAUGGGAGGAGAGGGCAUCACAGACCGCUGUUUCCUCCCCCUCCUCUGCUCCGGUAACUACUCUGCGUAUAAAUUUCUGCGAUGUAACUAUGCAUAAGUGGAGGCUGCUUCACCACCUCCCUGCCCUCACUAAAUUAGAGAUAAGCAGGUGCAGUAAUCUGAGCAGCUCGCCUGAGAUCAUGCAAGCACUCUCCUCCCUCCAGUCGCUAACUCUGGAGAGCCAGGGCCAGCCAGAACCAGAACUGCCAAAUUGGUUGGGUCAGCUUGCAUCACUUAAGGAGUUGACAAUAAAGAGAUACGAGGUGCAGGCAUUGCAGGGUUCCAUGGGGCAUCUCAGUUUGUUACAGUCAUUAUGUUUGAAACAUAUUGAAAGCAUGACAGCACUUCCUCAAUGGGUGCCAGACCUCAUCUCUCUGCAACAAUUGGAAAUCUGGCACUGUUCGAACCUGAAUGAUCUGACAGGGACCAUCGGGUGCCUCAUCUCUCUCAACGAACUCGCCAUCAUCGAUUGCAUCGGCAUCACGUCUUUACCAGAGAGCAUACAAAAGCUAACCAUGCUCAAAAAGCUAAAAAUUUAUCUCUGCUAUAAACUAGUGAGGUGGUGUGAAACUGAGAACAAGGCGAUGCUUGCUCACAUCGAAGUAAAGAUAAUAUAGGGAUUUUCAUUGGGUCGAUGGAGGAUCAUCAGGACUUCAGGAGCGAGGAGAUUAUAAACUGUUUGCAAGGGCCGGCCCGGCUCCUUCUCAAAAAUCUCUCUGCCUGUGUUGGUAUUCACUUCUGUCAUCUCCCCUCCUCCGGUCAUUGUACUCGCGGGUUACCUUUAGAGGUGGUAACGAAUCAUGGCUCCAGUGCUCUUUUCACAAUCCAACUUGAUCCUUAUAUAUUUUUAAUUUAAAAUUGUAUAAGAUAAGAGUCUGAUCAUUUUAGAGCCCGGCCCUGCCUUUACCACACCUACCCCGAGGCCGAUGGUGCGCCAUUGGUGCCACCGGCGCGGAUGGACCUAGAUGGCUGAGGCUGCCGACGGCAGCGCAGCUGAGACCUUGAAGGUGUUUCAAGCGACGUGCCUGACAAGGUUUUUCUUCUUUCUUUAUUUGGAAACAGGGCAUUUUUUUCUUUUAGGUUUCAGAUCAUGAUAUUUUUGCUUUGAAUUUUAUUCAUCUACUUACCUCAUGUUAUAAUAACGGUGUCCCAUAAUUUUUACCGAUUUGUAGAUCAUUUUUGUUCAGCUGGAUUUUAUGAAUUUACCUCCUGCAAACAUGUUCUUUUACACUGCCACGAGGUCGUAACUUGUAAGCCAAAGGUAGUUUGUACAA